AUGCCACCUCUCCGGCACCGUCCUCAGCGCAUUGACAUUUCCACCCAAGCGUGCGAUCUCUGCCGGAAGCGCAAGGUCAAAUGCCAGCUCCCAGAUUCUCCAUCCGGAGCACCGAACUCCCGAUGCGCGCGCUGCGAGCGACUGAAUCGGGCUUGCACCUUUCUCGCCCCCUGUAAGACCAGAGGUCCCAAAAAGCGCCACCGCAAGGCCGGCAUCUGCGCCGCGGACGAUCUGUGCGAGCGAACUCUCUUCCACCGCAUCAUGCAAGAUUAUCUGGACCACAUCUACCCACUCGUUCCCAUCGUUCACCGCCCCUCGUUCCAAGAAUGUCUGCGCCGAGGCCGACACGAGGAAGACACUGGGUUCCUCGCCCUGACCGUCGCCAUUGCCGCAGUGGUUGUCGCGACGAUGCCCAGCAAGUUCCGGUCGUACAGAUCGCAUGACCCUCCCUUGCGGUUUGCCACACGCCGCGAGAUGGUUCGCUUCUGCUACGAAAAGAAUUUGGGGCUGAGAACGUCCUACUACUUUGACGAGAUCAAUUUCCAGAAGUUUGCCGCCUCCUUCCUGCUCUUCGCUGCCUUUCUGCAGCUGGGAGACCACAAUCGCGCCCGGAUGCUCGAUGUGGAGUCGAUGCAGUUCGCUCGUCUGCUGAAUCUUCAUUCUAUCUCUGCUUACGACGGGCUCAAUUGCAUUGAGACGCAGCUGCGGAAGAAGGGUUUCUGGUUGGUGUUUUAUGGAUUUGUUCAUUCGCAAUUGCAGAAUAUGCUCGGCGAGCGGCUCUCGUAUCUAGAUCCUGUCCAGCUUCAAAUGAUUAACCCCGACGACUUGAUGCCCCUCGAGGUUGACGACGAAUUUAUCUUCGAGCACGAGGUGCUGAUGCCACCUGUCCCCACAUCAUGUCUGACCACCGGAUUCAGUAUUCACUCACGCGUCUUCUGGGCUGCCAUCCGCAGCCCUCAUCCGAAAAAUGGCCUACCCGAACCUUGCGCCUGUGUUCGAGCCCAAGAUACUGAUGUCCGGGUGGCGUAUCUGCGGGACCGGCUACAGUGUAUGCAGAAUUUGCUGCACGAUGUGCCACCAUCACUGCGGCUCUGGGAAGUAUCGGGCAACUCUUGCCUCCAGGACCUGGCUUCGGAUGAUUUUUCUGCUCUGCUACGGUCGUCGUUUGAGUCCAUGCGUGUUAAUAUCCAUGUUACUCAUCUCUGGCUGCAGAGCCUGCUCCUUGACCAAUUAGAGGCUUCGCAGGCGGCGCAAGGUCUGUCAGCAGCCGAUAGCCCGGACUUGCACACAUCCCUGGCGGACACGAGAAUCCUCUGGCGGACAAGGGAGGAGCUUUGCCGUCAGCUUUUCUUUCUGCUCUACAAUGUCCCAGACCUCAACCUGGAAAUCAACGGCCUUCAUCUGGCCUACAAAGUGCGAGAUAUCGCCUCCGUCAUGUUGACUUGCCCGUUCCAGGCCGGCGAACCUGAAGCAGAAAGAGCGGCUGAGUACAUCCGCCUCGCUACCGAGCUAUUAUCUCGGCUUGAUACCAGUGAGAGUGUGAAUACGAUGAACCUACAGGCCUGGGUGGAUACAGAUCGUAUUCACCCAACAUGAAUUGAUGUACUUGUUUUAUUGGUACCUAGAUCUCUCAAACUCCAGACCAGAAUGUCGUCUCUUCCACGUCCACGGAAGCCUCCAGGAAAUGUCCACGGCUACUGGUUCCAACCAGGAUGCGAUACGUACCACUGUGACUACACCAAGCGCUGGCCUUCUCAUCCCAAAAGCUGGUCGCGCGUACCAGAUCAAGUGGAAUUGUGACUACCUCCUCUGCAUCAGGUUCCAAACGGAUUUUCCGGAACUCCUUGAGUUCCUUCUGAGGACGCUUGAGUGGAGCCUGUACCGGCUCCACAUACAC